CGUUUACGAGUCACGAAAUCAAGGAAAGCUUUCUUCCGAGCGUGCGAAGCUAUUGAUGAUGAUCUUGUUCACAUUCUCUUGGCGUUGACAUCGUAUCCCCUCUCUUGAAGCUCAAUGGCGGCGGCGUAUAUAAAAUACUCCGCUGCUCGAGCAAUGCCGGCUUUCGUCUUCCUUCAAGGCACCCGACUCUCUCGCCGUCGGCCUCAUCAUCUCCCCAACUUUCCACGAGAUUAGUGUUCAAAAGAUCACACCAUGAAGUUCCUCGGAGCCGCCGUUGCUGGCAUUGCCAGUCUGCUCUCCUACCAGGCUGUCGCGAGCCCCGUCCCAACCCCAGUCGAGGCCCGUCAAGCCAGCGGAACCAUCUCGAACAAUGUCAUCUUCUCCCCGCCGUCAAACGCCGGCUGGGUCGACCCGCGCGUUCUGUACGCCCGCACCAUCCAGCUGGACUCAGGCGACUUGAUCGCUACCUGGGAGAACUACUCUCCUGAGCCUCCCAUCGUCUACUUCCCCGUCUACCGCUCGCAAGAUGGCGGAGCUACAUGGGCUGAGAUCGGCCGUGUUGAGGACACCGUCAACGGCUGGGGUCUGCGCUACCAGCCCUUCCUCUACGAGCUUCCGGAGGCUUUCGCUGGCUAUCCCGCCGGCACCAUCUUGCUCGCUGGCAACAGCAUUCCGACGGAUCUGAGCUUGACCAAGAUUGAUGUCUACGUCAGCACUGAUGGCGGUGCCAACUGGGAGUUCCUCAGCAGCGUCGCCAGCGGAGGCGAGGCCCUGCCCAACAACGGCCUGACCCCCGUUUGGGAGCCUCACUUCUUGCUCUACAACGACGAGCUCAUCAUCUACUACGCCGACCAGCGCGACACAAAGUACGGCCAGAAGCUGUCCCACCAGACCACCACCGACCUCAAGACCUGGAGUGCUAUCGUCGACGACGUCCAUGACGAUAACGCCUACGAGGCCCGCCCCGGCAUGCCUGUCAUCGCCAAGCUGCCCAACGACGACUUCAUCUUCGCUUACGAGGUCUGCGGCACCGACGGCUGCCGCGUGCACUACCGCCUCACCGCCGACCCGCUCAACAUCCUCGCCGCCCCCAGCAUCUCGCUUAUCUCUACCUCCGGCACCCGCCCUGUCAGCUCCCCCUACGUGGUUUGGUCCCCUGUUGGUGGUGUCAACGGCACCAUCGUGCUUAGCGGCGGCAGCCAGUCCAAUAUUUUUGUCAACACGGCUCUGGGUGAUGCUAGCGCCUGGGUUGAGUAUGCUGUUCCCCAGCCCAACGCUUACUCUCGUGCUCUUGCGGUGCUUGAUGAUGGCAGCAAGUUGGCUAUCAUUGGUGGUGGAAGAUUGCCUCCUAGCAGCACAAACCAGGUCAGCAUUAGCGUUGUUGACCUGACCACUCUGCUUGGAUUGUAGAUAAACAUAUAGUCGAGGGGGUACCCAAGCAAUUUGGAAGUCACGACGUUGAAUGCAUGUGCAGUUGAGAUGUGACCAGUAGCAAAAUAGGUAAUGACUAGUAGUCUGAGGCGCCUCAGACCACCGGAGUUAUUGCCAGUUGCCUGACACCCUGACUACCUAAGGAUUGCGACGACAAAAACGACUACAUUAAGUACGUCAAUAACAAGUUUGCUCAUUCGGACCUAUCGAGUGGCGCAGUGUAUAACCAGGCAUUCUACUGGAAGUGGCCAAUAAGUGAGGCCGCAUGUCAUCGC